AGAUGAAAUCCUUUGGACAUUAUAAGGUUACUAUAGCUGUUAUCAGCUUUGUCAUUUUGACUCUUGUUGCAGCUGUGGUUUCUGCUGUUGUCAUAGUUGUUGUUCUUGGUCGAAACACUUCAAUAUCGAACUACACCUUUAACUAUUAUAAUGGCUCUUUUAGGAUAAGUAAUGAAAACUACACAGAUGAUUAUAAAAAUAGCCAAAGUGAUGCAUAUAAAUCACUGUCUGCUCAAGUUGAAGGACUUAUUUCAAAGACUUUUUACAACUCAGAUAUGAAGAACCAGUACAGCUCAGCAAAGGUCAUCAGUAUAAGCCCUGGGAGUGUUAUACCUACAUUCAUUUUAUUAUUUAACUUUGCUAAUGGUGCAAGCAAAAAUAUGUCAUCUGCCUUUGUCCAGAAGAUAUUCGUAGAAAACAUUAAAAAUAUUCCAGGAAACCUUUUUGAUAUUGAUGAGAACUCAUUCAAAUUGAUAGGUAAGUAACUUUGGCGAAGCAAAACGGGACAGAUUCUCUUUUAACCUUCUUGAUAGAGGGUAACAGGGUUGAACUGGGGUGUAUGGGGCUCACUGGGGCUGCCACCCCAAGGGCCUCAACACCAGUCACAUACACCUUUGCUCACGCUUCUGAACAACAAAAGCAACACUCCUGCAGGCAAGUACAUCACACACACCCCCAGCACAAGCACAUUGUGUCUCCAAUUUCCAGCAAAGGGAGGGUAUGAGUGGCAGGGAGUGGACCUGGGCCACCGGGGCCCACAAUGGGGCCCAGUCCAACCCUGAAGAUAAGUUGCUACUAAUUGACUCUUACCACUGGGCUAUAACAGAUCUUACCUAUAUCUUGCUACAUCUGUUCAACAUACAAAAGAUGUUGUAAGUAGUAGUCAGCACAGCAACUUGUAUAAGUUUUAAAGCAAGUUCUCCAAUGGCCACUUCUCAUUGGUAUAUCAAACUGCAAACAAUCUGGAAGAGUACCACUAUUUUUCUUUUAAAAAAUAGCUGCCCCUGUUAAGAGAAACUGCACCAGCUCGGGGUAGCUGCAAGCCUUCACGCGCUUGCACAUAUGCAGUUGAGUGAAAAGCUGAACUUUAACAAAGAAGUCGGCUUUUUACUCUAAUGCACAUGUGUCGGCCCAGGGAACAAGGAAGAAGGAAACGCUCGCUGCAGGCCAAGGCAACUUCCCCAAUUUCAGUGUGCCAUCCCACCGGCGAUUUACAUUUUCGCCAGUGGGAUGGCAUUUCGGGGAGAUUAGUCGCCCGCGAGCCAAAGCCCUUAAGCAGGGGUGGUCAAUAUGUUGAUCGCGGUCCAUCAGUCGAUCCCCUGUGGAUCACUGGUGGACCGCGAUGAAGCCGGGGAUGCAGAAAGUGCUGCGUGAAUGCGUACGUACACUGCGUCAUGUACGUAAGCAUUCACACCGCACUUCCGCAUUCCACGGUCCUAAGUUGACCACGGAAUGGAAAAGUCUGGCCACCCCUGCCCUAAAGCAUUCCAGUUAGCUUGGCCAGCUGAAACUUAGGUACAAGAAGGAAAAUCAAGCAUACAACAAAGCAAUCAGGCAAGCAGGAGCUUGAAGAAUGGGAAGCCAUGACAAAGACUUAACCAGUGGAGGGGCAUGUUAUCUCUUGGAUGGGAGAAGUGGAAUUCUGGCAGUAUUAUUUAA